AUGUUUUUAAUAUACACCAACAGAUGGCGAACGAAUUCAUUAAGAAGUUUGAAUAAAGUGAACCGCAAUGAAUCGUUGGCUCUCGUUUCAGCACCGCCGACAAGGGCUAUAUCUAUAGAUUUGUGGUUUUAUAGACUUGGUUCAGAGAAAUACAAAUCUAAAAGUGUGCCAAGCAGCCAACAUCCAGAAUGGAGAGAACGUUUUCAAUUACAUCUGUACCAAGAUCAUGUCUUGAAUAUAUCAUUACGUGAUAAAGGAAGAAUGAAAAAUGAUAUGGGAAGUUGUGAUUUAGAUCUAUCAAACUACGAAAAGGAGAGGACUCAUGAAAUCUGGAAGGAGCUGGAUCAUGGCUAUGGAGCAAUUCAUAUCUCACUCACCAUGUGUGACAUCAAGUCUAAUGGGAAUGAAGAAUCAGAUGACUGCUUCAAUAGACACGGUAUACUCACUUUACCUAACGACUGGAACGUAGUGGGAUUAUUACAUGUGAACGUUAUCUGCGCCAAGGGACUGACGAGCAAACCAAACGCUUACUGCACCUUGCAGAUUGACAAUGAAAAGGUUGAGACACAUAGAGCUGGUUCGAGCAUGGAACCGAAAUGGAACAAAUGCUAUAUUUUUAAAAUCUACGAUGUUACAUCAACGUUGGAUUUUAAAAUAUACGACAGUUCAGUCACUAACGUACUAAAUGAUUCUUUGGGGAAGAUUUCCAUACCGUUGUUGAGGAUAAACAGUGGCAUGACGAGAUGGUACGCCCUCAAAGACAAGAGCAAACGUCACAAUGCUAGAGGAAAUUGUCCCAGAGUGCUCCUUAAAAUGGAUAUGGCCUGGAAUCCAUUGAAAGCUACUCUCAAGUUAUUUCAAGCCAAAGAGACACAACAUCUGAAGAAACCUGAGAAAUUCGACUUCGUUCUUAUAUAUAAUAAUAUGAAAUUUGUGUCCAAUCUUCUGGUCUUCGGUGAAGAAGUCAAUGAAUAUUACAAGCGUCUAUUCGAGUGGGAGGAUAAGGAGUUUUCGUUCUUCGUACUUAUUGUCUAUGAAUUAUUCUGUUUCUAUCUUCGUCUAUGGGCUGUACCUCUUAUUAUAUUACUGCCAUUUUUCUAUUAUAGAAUAUUCAGCAGAUACCGAGGUAUUUAUAAAUUCGGCAGAAAGUAUUUGAACCCGGACAGAAAAUUGAACAACGACUUGGUCGAUUUCCUUUCAAGAGUACCGGAUAACGAGAUAUUGAAAGAUUGGAAGGAAUUAGGCGUACCCGAACCGAGCUUAGAAUACACAGAGAGCUCUCUCAAGAGAUCCCAGAGUACCUCAAUUUGA